GGGGCCGAGGGCGCUCCUCUCGCCACCGCGAGGUGCGGCUGUGCCUGAAGCGGCAGCAUCGGGUCUUCGGAGGCUGCUGCCUCGGGGUCGCGCUUUCUUCUUUCGUCCGGGUCCCCCGAGGAGUGCCCUGCGCUUCACGCCGCGCCUCGGGCGUGAACUUCGUGCUUGAAGACUAUAAAGACUACUUUGAAAAUGGAAAACCGAGAACCAGCGGAUCCUUCUCAAAAUACCAAACAGUCUAUUAUCUCAGAGGAGUUAAUUUCAGAAGGAAAAUGGGUCAAGCUUGAAAAAACAACAUACAUGGAUCCUACUGGUAAAAUAAGAACUUGGGAAACUGUGAAACGUACAACCAGGAAAGGACAGUCGGCUGAUGGUGUGGCAGUCAUCCCGGUGCUGCAGCGGACUCUUCAUUACGAGUGCAUCGUUCUGGUGAAGCAGUUCCGACCACCGAUGGGAGGCUAUUGCCUAGAAUUCCCCGCAGGUCUCAUCGAUGACAACGAGAGCCCAGAAGCAGCCGCUCUUCGGGAGCUUGAGGAAGAAACUGGCUAUAAAGGUGAUGUCGCAGAGUGCUCUCCAGCUGUGUGUAUGGAUCCAGGCUUGACAAACUGUACCACACACAUCGUGACAGUAACUAUUAACGGAGAUGAUGCUGAAAAUGUGAGACCUAAACCAAAGCCAGGAGACGGAGAAUUUGUCGAAGUAAUUUCCUUACCAAAGAAUGACCUGCUGAAGAGACUUGAUGCUCUGGUAGCUGAAGAACAUCUGACAGUGGACGCCAGGGUCUAUUCCUAUGCUCUGGCACUGAAGCAUGCAAACACGAAGCCAUUUGAAGUGCCUUUCCUGAAGUUUUAAGGCCAGAGGACAGUAGCCAUGUUUUUAUAAACAAGACCACCAGGCCUCCUUCACUAAGACUUUGUAUUCAGCUUAGCUUAAUGUAGAUUUGAAAUUAGGUUUUUUCAUUAAAUAAAAGCCAACGCAGAAUACAUGUGGUGAUAUGGAAUUGUGAUUACAGGUAGGCUGUAGUCUUCAUUUAAGUGCUAAAUUCUGGCAAAUAUUGAGAAAGAACAUAAAUGCAGAUACCCAGUUUUUAAUCCAGUUUCUUUCUUUUUUUUUUUAAAGCUCAGCUGUUACUUAUCUAAUCUAGUCCGACAGAUAGAGAAGUAUUUCUAGAGGAAAAAUGACCUGAAUUCCAAAUUGGGUCAGCUGCUCUCAGCCUCAGCUGAAACUUCAACUAGGAAUGCAAAUAACUGCUUAUUACUACAUUAAUGUUUAAACAAAGAUUUUUUUUUAAAGACCUAUGUAGGGAUUUUGCUGUUGUUCCUAAUUAUCUUCUAUAUGGAAUUAAUACACAUCCUUGCAUAGCAGAGUGUAAAGUCAACAUAGAACAACAUCUAUGAGAAGCAGAUGUUUACAUUUGGCCAACGUCCUCCUGCCCACCCACAUACUAAAGGUUAACAAACGCUUCAGCAAUGGAAAACAGUUCACUGUAACGAGGUUAAGAAGCCAAUGAAUAUACAGGGCCCUUCUCUCAAGCAGGUGUAUAUGCUUUAGAAUUUCAUUUCCUAUCCUUACCUGAGAAAGUACUUGAAGUUCCUAAUACCAGAUCCAUUUACAUGGCUGCGGGUGGGGGGCAUCACUGUCUUGGUUUUAAACCAUGAAUGUAGCCAGCAAGUUCCAGAAACCCAAUACAACCACCUUAGAGUGGAGGACAGGAGGGCACUGUUUCCACUUCCUGCCAUGCCUAAAGCCUGGUCAUCCGGAAGGUCUCCCAGUGUCCUGGGCCAUUUUCACAUCUUUUGGCUGAGCUCGGCCCAUGUUGACUUCUGUGGUCUCCAGCAGCUCCAGAACUAUCACCCUGCAGGUGAGCACCCAGCGGAAGUCUCAGGGUGAUGCUCCAUGGCCAGCCCAAAGUCCUUUGUCCAGCCCUGGCUUUAGGCUCUUCGAACCACGUAAAACCAGGAUGCUAAUGCCAAAAAUGCUGUACUACAGUUCAUUUGUCUACAGGGUCACUGUGUAUUCAGUGUGUAUCACUGUUUUCAUCUCUGUAUCCACAGGUGUUUUUGUGAGCAAAAAUACAACAUCUAUUAGACUUCCGAGACAAAGGGGGAAGCUGUGUUUGGAACUGGAGAACUGUCUAGAUCAGGUCUACUUUAAAUAUUGCAAAUAUUGGUAGCCAACCACUUGCUCUAAUAGUAGCCUUCCCCUGUGCCCCUAACCCUUUAAAAAAGAAAAAAAAAAUCCUGUUUUUAAUCAUGGGCAUCAUGAUUCUCCAGAGAUCUUACUCCUCCUCCCUGAGCUCUCCAAAGACCGACUUCUCUAAUCUCCCUUGUUACUGCCCUCCUUCACAGUCGAGACACGGAAGGCGGUGGGAAAUAUACAGACUCAGGCACAGUCUCCAGACUAGCUCUUCCAAAGCCGCUCCGCACAGGAGUUGAGGAACUGACUCUUAAAUGUUGGUGCAGGGGAGGUCUUCAUAACCCCUACCUGUCCUUUCUGCCCAUUUCUCCCCCUAAGAGUGCAAGUUAGAAGUGACCGCUCAAUUGUAGAACGGACCCCCAAAGCCACUUAUAUUAACCUUUCAACAUCAAAGGCUGUACUUGGGCAGUUUGAGAGCUGGCAGUUUGGAGGUUUCCCUGGGCUGGCCCUGUUAACUUAUCAGCAUUUAAAAGUUGAAAGGUUUCCUAUAAGAAACUUUGUUUCUACCUUCUCUUGGGGGAAAAAAAAUGUAUGCAUCUAUCCUAAUGCCACUGGAUCCAUGUGUCUAUGGUAACAGUGGCCCGAAGCCCUGCGAUGUCCUGCUGGUGACCACUGUCCUGUCCUGCUGGCCGCUACCGCAUCUGCCCACCUGUCGUCAUCGUUGGGUUGUGAUCCUGACCUGAGUAAGAUCUACUUCCUGCGCUAAGAAAGGAAACACUGGAAACCUUUACUUCUGAAAAGGAACUUCAAAGAUUAAGUUUGGUUUCUGUGGACACUGGGCACAAACUUUCUGCUGUUUCAGACGGAGGCUGGAUGUUAUCUGAGACAGUUUUCCUGUUCUUUUCAGUGUCCAUUGCAUAACUGAGCAGCUUUUAAGUUGGUCCCUGUUCCUGAGCAAUUUCAGGAUCAAACCCAAAACUGUAAUUCCAUUGGACCUGUGACCACAGACCUCUCAGGAUGGGUUUUGUAUGAUUAGAUGAACCUAUAAUCUUAGAAAUCAUUUAGUAUCCGAUUUUAUUUUUCCAACACAAACUGAAACAAUUUUAUUAAAUAAAAGUUUAUUUUCUACUAUUGA